AUGAAAAGUAGCAAUGGAGACGGAGAGGAUUUGCGAAAUGACUGCAUUGAAAGGCAAAUAAAAAUUUCGGAGAUACUGGAUAAUUUUGAUUCCAUAAAUGCAACAAUAUCGGAAAACUUUUGGCUGGUUUCUUCGUUUGAUGCUGCGAACUCAUCAUGCAAUCGAAUACAAGAAAUACGAGCUGAAUUGCUGUCCUAUGCAUUCAAAGUACAGGAAAGUAUUGAAGAAGCAGAUCGUUUAUGUGCUGAAGGUGCUGAAGUACUUACACCAGAGCAGUUCCAUACGCUAAAGGAACAUCGCAAUAAGCUUGAAGCAAAUUAUAAUCAACUUUUGCAGCAUACUGAAACCAUUUUAUUGAGAUUAAAUGAAUUGACAAGAUUAUUACUGGAAUUUACCAACGAAACAAGCUUACUGCAUUCACUUUUCAAUGAGAAAACUCGAGAAGUGGGCAUUAUUAGAGCGGAAAGUGGUGAUCCACGAUCCCUUCAGUUGUCACGUCAAAAAGCGAAGCUCGUGUUCGAUGAAUUAGUUUCUGCUAAAGGACGUGUAAAGAACAUUUCAGUGAUCACUUCUCGGAUUCAAUCUGAAAUUGACAACUAUGUGGUUGAAAUGCGCUUGCAGUAUCCUAAUGCACAGCUUCCUUCCAUAGAUGCACAUGAACUGACUAGUACUACUUUUAGUUUACAGACAGACUAUGAUGUUUUACUUCGAAAUUGCCAUGAACUGAGUUCGUAUUUGAAUCAGUUAAAGUCUGUGUCAUUGUCAUAUAUAAAACUAAUGGAAGGCUUAACUGAAUCUGUCACAAGUUUGGAACAGCAGAUCACGGAAGUAGAAGGAAUUUCACGCAGUAUGGAUACGAUGGCUGGCAGUGAUUUAAUGUCGCAGCUGCUGUCGGAACUUGAAAUGUUACAACAGCUUUCUUUCGAGCAAACUGGCAAAAUUGAAACAGUGAUGCGCUCGGCUUCAGAAUUUAGUAGUGCCGUUGUAGGCACUGAUGCUCAUCAACGAGUUACGCAUGAAAAUCAGCGUCAGAUCGAUGAACUGACUCGGAGACAAGUCCGUGCUCAGAAAAGAAUCGAAGAGAACAUCGAUUCAUGGCGUAGCAAACUGAUGAAAACGGAAGGGAUUCGCUCGGGUAUGGCAAAUAUAAUGAACUGGUUGGAUGAGGAAAAUAAACGGCAGUCAAUACCUUGUGCCUUACCUCUUCAUGUAGAGAAAUUGAUUGAAAUGAAACAUCAAAGUGAAUUGCGACAGCGGGAAAUUUUAUCUCACCAAAAAGUGCUCAAUGAAUUGCAUGUAGAGGCUCAAAAAAUGGUAGCUGCUAAUCCGGAUUCAGUAGCUGGUCGGCAAAUUCUCAACGAUUGUAAAAAUGCUGAAGAAAAGUUUACAACAUUGCUUGCAGUAACUAAAGCUUGCGGUGAUAAUAUCAUAGAAUUGAUCACGGCUGUGACGGAUUUCGACACUUUGGAAAAAUCAGUCAAUGAAAAGUUAUCUUCGUUAAACGAAAAAUUGUCAAGUAUUUCAUUGAGUGAUGUCGACGCAUUGAAAGACGUAUAUAAUGAAGUGACAAAGUUAAUGAAGAAUGACUGCGUGAAGUUAGAAUGCAAAUGCAAUUGGAUUUUGUCAGUGCCAGAUGUUGUUGGAGGCGACUUGUGCAAGGAAAGCGUUUCUGAAAGUCAGAGCACGUUAAGGAAAUUAAUUUCUCGAGUUGAAGACUUGAUCAGUUGUGGGCAGAACGUAGAAGAGCUUCAAAGCACAUACAAUGAAUUGAGUAGCAAACUUUCCACUAUUUUGGAAGAGAUUGAGGCUGACGCUAAAAUUUUGGAAAAAAACUCAUUGAAUCCAGUUGACUUAUCUAAUCAGCGUGUAGCUUGCCAACGACUUCAAGUGAAACAUCAGGAUUGCCGUGUUCAGUUAGAAACAUUGAAUGAUGUUGUUUCAAAACUGGUAGAAUCGGAGACUCUGGGCAGGGCGAAAAUGACAGGAAGUGUACAGCAGUCAGAGCAAGCUAAUGAAGUACUUCGUGGAAUAACCUGUGUGCAACAAAAGUAUGCUUCUCUUGGCUCAUUUUUACGAUCAAAAGAGGAGAAGAUCAAUUUAGAUAGCGAAAAAUUAUCUGAAUGGGAUUUACAACGAGAUAGUUUGGCUCGGUGGAUAAAAAAUGAAACUAAACGAUUGGCGACGGAUCGUCGGAUAGCACUUGAUGAUAAAGUUAUUGAAGCAAAUAUAACGAAAGUAAAAGAUUUGGAAAAGCUUCUUACGCAGAAAAAACAGGUGGAAAUGGAAGAAAUUCGAAAUAAAGCACAUUUGUUGAUGGCUGAACCUUCUAUUCUGGGCGUUUCUGAAAUUGUGAGCUCUCAGAACAUGCUCGAAAUGGAUUGGGAAAGAUUAGUCCAAAUUUGUUCAAAAAUAAACGAGGAAAGUGGAUGCGCAAAGCAACUACUGGAAGGUACAACAAUGAUGGAUAAAUGGUUAAUGCAAAAAGAACGAAUGAUUUCAGCUAUUGGAACUGUUAAUAUCGAUCCAAAAGUUAUCAAUAAUCAGAUUCUACAAAUAGAGUUGCUGCAAAGUGAGUUGGACGACCAGAGUGAAGCUAGGAAUAAAGUUAACAGUUUAGCUCAUGAUUUGGUAGCCGGAAGUGUAAGCCCUGAAAGCAAUCAACAGAUUAUAAAAGAGAUAGAUGCAUUGAAUCAUCGCUGGAUAUUAUUCCAUGAUGAACUUGACAAGAAGAAAGUUCUUCUAUCAAAAAUUAAAGAUUUUGGAUCGAAAUUUUCAAACAAACAGCGAGAUAUAAAAAUGCAGCUGAUAAGUAUCGCUGAAGCAAUGGAACAGAUUGGUCUUUCACCGUUAGCUUCCAAAAAUGACGUUAAUGAACAUCUCAAAGCCCUAAAUGCAUUAAGUGAAAGAUCGUGUGAAAUAGAUGUGCAGUUAGAGGAAGUGAAAAUGCUUACCGCAGAGAUUUGUGAAAUUACUCAGGAUCACAGCUUACAAACUAAUAUACACGAACAGUUGGAUGCAAUACUUCAAACUGCAGGAGAAGUGCAUAAAAAGAUUGAAAGCAUGAAAGGAACAGCAGCGAGUGUCAGGGAUGAAGAAGGAAAGACAGUCGAGGAAGCUGAAAAAGCUAUUAAAUGGAUGAAAGAAAUGCAUGAGCAUCUUUCUGAUAUAGGCUCUUUAUCAGCAAUUUCCUCUGAACUUGAUAAUCAGCGAAGAAUGGUUGAGGAAAUCUAUGGUAAAGUGUUAGAUAAAGAAGGCGAUAUCACUUUAAUGAGAGCAAAAUUAAUGGAUCAAAUGAAGAAGACACCAAAUAAAAAGCUUAAAGCUCUUCUUGAUGAUUUCUCAGCUGCGUGGAAUCCACUAUUGCAAGAAAUUAAGAUUAGGCAUAUGAAUGCAGAACGAGCUUCUGAUGUAGUUCAUCAAUUUGAAGCUUUAUCAAAGUCCAUUACCAUUGAAAUUAAUGAAAAUCAAUUGGAGUUAAAUCAAAUUUUAGGAAAUAUGAAAAAUAAUGACGUUUGCGCCAUAACUGCCAUAGAAGAGAAAGUUAGAAGACAAGAAGUUGAAGUUGCCACAUUAAAAGUUUUGUUACAUAAACUUGAGGUAGUCACAGCUGGACCAUCAUUAAAAAAACUAGGAAGAGAAGUGGAAAACGUGACUGCAGAUGUAAAAAGAUUACUUAAGAAUAUCAGGAAUCUCUCGCAAAAGAUGCAAAUAUCGAAGGAUGCUCGGAGACAGUUCUCAAGAAGUAAAGGCGAAGCAAGGCAGCUGAUAGAUGCAACUAAGGAAACAGCAGAAAGUUUCAAAGAAGCUAUUGCUACUGGUAUUCCAUCCAUCACAAAGGAAGUCUUGUUGAAAACAGUCAGUGAUCUUGAAUGUAGUUGGCAGAAAAUAGAGAGAGAACUGCAUGUAGCUUUUAAAGAUGUUGAAGCAGUAGUUACUCGAGAAGAAGCUUUAGUGCUUCAUGAAGACGUACGUAAAAUUGAUAUGGAAUAUGCUGAUGUUAUAGCAAGCAUUCAAAAUUUGCUUGAUGAUAUGGCAAAAAAAGAUGGAAUAUUAGAUAAUAUAAUACAAAAAAUUGGCUUAUUGGGGACUAAUAUCCGAAAGAGUGAUGAGGAUUUAUUAGUACCAAUCGCACGGAACGUUGCUGAUUUAGAAGAGCAAAAUAAAAGUUGUGAUGAAUCACUAAAAAUAAUUGCUGAAAACGAGAAGGUUUUGGAUGAAUUAACUGCAGAAUGGAUGCAACUUUCUGACAGCCACGCCAUGCAGGCAACGUCUGAAAAUUUAAUAAUGCAGCAGAUAAGUGAACUCAAAGAAUUAAUCAGUAAACAACGUGCAGAUGUCACGCGUUGUAAGCGAAUGAUUAGCAAUAUGUUAUUGAGUGUGCAAGAAUUUAUUUGCAAAGCUGAAGCACUCCAAGAUGAAUUAGAAGCGCUCACAAGAAAUAAUAAUUUACAAGAACCUCUUCCAGUUGAAAUAGAUGAUUUGCGACUGCAACUAGAGAAAUUAGGAGCUUUUCAUGAGAAGCUCCGAAUUGCCAGUCAGAAUUACACUAUGAUUGUAGAGAGUGGUGAUAAGCUUAUGAAAAGUGCUGAUGAACGAGUAUCAACAAAGACACUGGAAGAUGAGAAACAAAAACUUAUUGAUACCUGGAAUACUUUAAAUAAAUUGCUAGCAGAUCGUGAACACCAAAUUUGCACGUCUUUGCAAAAACUAGGUAGCUACACUGAUACCCAUAAUGCACUUGUUGCAUGGUUACAAGACACCGAAGAGUCGCUUCAGAAUCAGCGGCCGCCAUCUACUGAAUAUAAAGUUGUCAAAGAGCAAGCGCGAGCUAACGAUAUUUUGAUAAAACAUAUUGAAGAGAAGCAACAGAAUGUUGAUGGCUUCAAACUGUUGAUCGAUAAAGUUGUUGAGUUGAUAGCAGAUGUUGUAAAACGUGAAACGCUACUAGAGCAAACAAAAAAUAUCACACAGAGAUACGGUACUCUUCUUGAAAGUGCUCGUGAUCGGCGCAAUCACUUACAUGAUGCGCUUGUUUUAACUCAAAAUUGGGUUCAGUUAUCGGAACCCUUCAAAAUGUGGCUUGAAACAACCGAACGCGCUUUACAAGAACUCGGGCACAUACCAACUGAUGAGGAAAAAUUUCAGCAGCAAGUAAACCUACAUCAGGAUUUACAAACAAAUAUUGAAAGUAAGCGGGAGGAUGUGGAAAGGAUGACACAACUAUGUCCUCUUCUAGCUAGUUUGACAUCGGAUGAUGAAGCAGUUGAAUUAAAUACAACGUUCAAGAAUUAUAUAGUUCGAUACGAAAUUUUAAGUUCUCAAGUCGCAGAAUGCGGUAUUUUGUUACAACAGAUUGGUGAGGAAUUAGCAAGUUUCUUAAAAAGUGCGACUGCACUUAAUGAUUGGUUAGAUAAGAUUGAGAACGAUAUGGGUAAAUUAGAUAUACUCUCGAUCUAUCCGGAAGAAAUAAAUGAACAAACUGCUCUACUUGCCGAUCUGACUAUGGAGAUUACAAAACAGGAGCGUUUGGUUUCGACUGUUGUUGAAGAUGGUCAUGAAUUGUGUAGACAAACAACUGGUGAAGAAGCAAUUGCUUUGCAAAGUCGUAUUGAGAAUUUACGCACACGUUAUUUAAACUUGACUGCUAUAGCGGAUAGUAAAAUUGCUACUUUAAGUGAAGCAUUGCUACUCUCAGAGAAAUUCCAUGAUUCUUUUGAUAUCGUUCAUCAAUGGAUGGAUGCUGUGGAACAAGAUUUGCAAACUAUUGAUCAGACCCCAAUUGAAGCCCAAGUCACUGUAAUAGCUCAAAUGGAAGAUGAUUUGAUGAAGUGGCGCCCUGAUAUCGAAAAAAUUAAUGAUACGUCAAAACAGUUACAAAAUCUUAUUGGUGUUAAAGCUGAUGAACUAGAAAUACAAACUGAUGACUUGACCCGUAGAUUUAAUCACUUAGCUGAACAGAUCACUCGCAAAAGUGACAGACUAACAUCAGUUGAAAAGCAAAGUCGACAGGUUUUAGAUGAAUUAGAUUAUCUCAAUGAAUGGUUUACUGAUGCUCGUGAUCGUUUAAUGCAGGCGGCAGCACCAGAAGUAGAUCCUGAUUAUGUUAAAAAGCAGUUAAGAAAUCAGAAGCAGAUGAAUGAAGAUGUUGCGGUGAUGAAAGCACGAUUGAGAGAUGCAGCUGCGGAUGCACAAAAAGUUGCUCGGGCUUUGGGUGGUGACGCCAAUGGACAGGAUUUGUUGCUUGUUAAUAAAAUUGAAACUGGACGAGCACUUUCGGCUGACGUAUCCUUAAUGGGUGAAGAACGAUUAGCUGAAUUAGAGCAAGCAUUAGCUUUAUGUCUUGAAAUUGAUCAGUCAUUUGGUGAGCUAGAUUUUUGGUUGGAAAGCAUAGAAAACGAAAUUGAUAAUUGUCCACCGGUGAUAACAGGACAUCAGCGGGAUCAAUUAAUGCAGCAACAAUUCCACAAUACUGAAUUGCAACAUUCAAUAAUAUCGCACAAGCCAUUAAUGGAUCGUUUUCACAAAAAUGUUAGCUCUUUGAGUGAACUGUGUGGCCGGGAAGAUGAAAUGCAGUUGCAGAAAGUAGCUGAAGACUUGGACGAACGAUUUGCUGCAGCCCGAGAUGCAGUUCGCCAGAGGGCUGAAGCAUUAGAAACUGCUAUUGGGCAAAGCAGUCAACUCACAGACCGAUUGGAUGUGAUUCUGGCAAAUCUAGAUGGUACAGCAAUUCAGAUACGGAAUGCAGAAGCAGUACCUGCAGAUCUUGAACGAAUCAAGUCACAAAUUGGUGAAAAUCGUUUGCUCAUGGAACAGCUUAAACAUAAAGAGAGUGUUCUAAAAUCAGUGAAAGAAAGUGCUAAAGAGAUUCUAGCACGUGCUAAACAAAAUGAUUCUGCAGCUUUAGAAAUCAGUUUGAAGAUCAAAGAGUUAGAUGCAUUAUGGAAUGAAAUAAUGGAAAGCGUCAUGAUGAGAGGAAAUAUCUUGAAAGAUACAUUGGUAAAAGCAGAACAGUUUUGGUUAGAAUUACAGUCAUGUCAGAAGGCGAUUGAAGAAUUGCACUUACGUAUUGACAAGAUACAGCCAGUACUUGGUGAACCUAAAGCUAUUGAAGAGCAACGAAAUAAUCUUAUGUUUUUAUUGCUAAUCGCACUUUUGUUUUAUGCUAUCGAAGGAGAGGUUCGCGAAGUUAAACCAGAAAUGAUAGAUAAGCUAAGAAGAGCGGGACAUGAACUUUGUAAUAUGAUUGCUGAUGAAGAAAAAACUCACGUAGAACAGCAAAUCACUGCGGCUGAAGGCGGUUGGAUUACUGUGACUAAUAUGUGCGCUCGAAAGAAUGCUGAUUUAAUAGAAGCUAUGGAAAAAGCGAUGGAUUUCCAUGGAUUAUUAACUGAGUUAACUAAUUGGAUAGCAGAAACUGAAGCUCGAGUAUCUCAGUUUGAUCCUCUUUCAAGUGCAUCGUCUACUAAUAUCAAAAAUGAAGUGCGAAUUGAACUUGCUUCGUUGGGUGAUUUGCGUUCAUUAUUGGAUGAAAAAGCUUUGGAAAAAGAGCAGUUGAAUCAGUUGUGUGCAAGUCUGUGCGUUGGUUCUACAGUACAGCAAUCUGCUAGUAUUAAAGCACCUAUAAAUGAUCUGAAUGUUCGAUGGAAUAAAUUGUACGCAACAUUAAAUGAACGCCAACAAAAAAUGGAAAAGAUUUUGUUAGAAAAAGGACAAUUUUCUCAAGCAUAUGAUCAAUUAAUGACUUGGAUGGAGAAAACUCAGAAGAUUUUGAAUAAGAUUAAUCCUCAUUCAACAACUAUCAAUGAGGUACAAGUGGAAGUUUGCAAACAUCGAGUUAUACAAAACGAUGUUUUGGCACACGAGGCGAGCGUUGAUACUUUGAAUAGUGCUGCGAAGCGAAUUAUUGCAGCUGAUCCAAGUACAGAAAAUUCAGCACGACCGAUGAUUGAUAAAUUAAAUUCAAACUGGCAUAUAUUGGUUGAUAAGUUAGAAGAUGUUUGGGUUCAGCUUAAUGAUGCUCGAAAAGCUGCGGAAAGUUUGGGAAGUGAAGUGGAUCGCUGGGCUAUGUGGCUUCAAGAUAAGGAUGCUGAUUUAUCUCAUGCAAAACCCACGGGGGGUUUACCAGAGACUGCCCAAACUCAACUCGAUGACUUUUUAGUUUUAAAGGCCGAAAUUGAGCAAAAUCGAGUGGCACUAGAGAGCCAUUUGGAAGCAGCAACAAAAUAUCUAGCCGAUAAUAUUAGUGAUCGAAAUUCGUGGAUUACUCAAAGAGCUGCACAACUGAACAAAAAAUGGGUUCAAGUACAAAAUAAAGUUAGUGAUCGAGAACAGAAGCUGAGAAUUGCUUUAUCAGAAGCUCAACAACUGCAUUCUGCUAUGGCUUCAAUGAACGAAUGGCUGAAUUCUGCAGAAAACUAUUUAGGAUGUUUAGAACAUGUAUCUAGAAUUCCAGAAAACGUAGAAAAGCAAAUAGAUAAGCACUCGGUAUUUCAAACUGAGGUUUUGCAUUACCGAGAAUUAAUGAGCGAAUUAAACAGCAAAGGAACAAAAUUGCAAUACUAUUGUGAGAAAAAAGAUGCGAUACCAAUCAAAAACUUACUUGUUUCGGCGAAACAUCGUUUUGAUAAAGUCGCCUCGAGAUGUAUGGAUCGAAGAAAACAACUCGAUCUUGCAUUACAAGAAGCACAACUUUAUUUUGGAUCACAUUCUGAGCUAAUUGAUUGGAUUGAUAAUGGUAAUGCUAAAUGGAAUGGAAGCGAGUAUAAACAGGCUACUUCUGGUAGUCAGCUUAGACUUGAUUUGGAACAGCAUCGUGAAUAUCAGAAUGAAUUAAAUGAAAGGCAAACAAUGUAUGAAGCAACAUUCAAGAGGGGCAAAUCUAUUGCGGAGCAUGCACCACGUGAUGAACAAAAAGGCAUUAAUCUAAUGAAUGAAAUAUUAAAAGAAAAGUGGACACAGCUGGUUAACACCACAUUAUAUAGGCAUCGAUCAAUUGAAGAUGCAUUGUUGGCAUGCGGACAAUUUGAUGAGGCGUUAUUGUCAUUGCGAGAAUGGCUGGAAAAAUCAUUACCGGAUCUACAAAAUUUAGAAUCUACUUCAGUUUUUGGGGAUUUGGAGACUGUUAAUAAAUUAUACGAUGAUCAUAAAGAGUUGAAAAAACAGAUAGAUGCUCAUCAAGAGACCAUGAAAUCAAUAAAAGAACGUGCCCAGCAGAUAUUGGAUAAAGAAAUGGAUGGUUCAUUGGACAGUUUGAGGAAGAAAGUGGAACAGUUAAAUGCAGACUGGUUGCUACUAGAAAAACUUGCAGCAGAAAGAGAAGAACGAUUGAAAGUUUCUUUCGACAUUGCUAAAAACUUUGAUGACUCAAUUCACGAAUUUUUGGAUUGGUUACCAAAGAUCGAGGCGAGACUGCGGACGAAAAGUCAAACUGUUGAAGGGGAAGUUGAAAUCCUUGAACAAAUGGAUGAAAUAGCGCAGUUGCAUAAAGAAAUGGAUGAUAUGCGGCCUACGUUGGAAUCUAUUAAAAAAGCUGGGCAGGAAAUAGAGCUAAAAUGUCAUCCACUCGCAGAACAACCGAUGAAGUAUUGGUUAAAAGUUUUGCAAAAUCGAUGGGAAGAAGUGACUAAUGCAGUUGACAGUAAACGAGAUGAUUUUGAGAAACAGCUUAAUGAACACCGAGCGAAAGAAAAGAUGAUUGCGGAUUUAUUAUCGUAUAUUGCAGAAAAAAGCACGGAAUUAAAAGAUUUGAAUAAGACAUCGCUUCCGGAAGAUUUGGAAAUAUUGCAUAGCCUAAUAAGUGAACAUGAGCAGUUCGAAACAAAUUUACGCGAAAAACAGAGACUAGUUGAUGAAGCAACAAAAAGUCGACGAAAAUUUCCCUUAGAAGAACAAAUGAAAAAAUCUUCCGGCAAAGCGCUUCUGAAGCAUGAACAUCGCAUACGGCAUCCAAAAUCAGAUCAGUUAUCUGAUAAGUGGAAAAAGUUGUGGAUUGAUUCUAUGGACUACAGUCGUCGCUUGCGUGAAAUGAAAGAUUAUUUGGAAGAGGUAAAAAGAUUGGAAUCAUUUUCGUUCGAGAAAUGGCGUGGAAGAUAUUUGGAAUGGACGGAUUCUGGAAAAUCCAGAAUUUCGGAUUUAUUCAGACGAAUUGACAAAAGCGGGACUGGACGAGUCCCUCGAUCCUUGUUCAUUGACGGCAUUAUAACUUCAAAAUUUCCAACUACUCGGUUGGAAAUGGAAAAAGUUGCGGAUGAAUUCGAUAAAGGAGACGGGAUGAUUGAUUCAAAAGAAUUUAUGGCAAAACUUCGCUCCGAAUUUUCUAAAAAAUUGCCAAUGAAACAAAAAACGGACAAUGAAAAGAUUACUGAAGAAGUUAUUAGGCAAACAGAAAGGUGCAGCUGCACUAAUCGUUAUCAAAUUCAGCAAGUAGGGGAAGGGCAUUAUCGUUUUGGUGAAACGCAAAUUAAGCGUAUGGUUCGUAUAUUACGAUCGACAGUUAUGGUCCGCGUAGGUGGUGGUUGGGUUGCUUUGGAGGAAUUCCUGCAUAAGCAUGAUCCUUGCCGAGCCAAAGGUCGUACAAAUCUUGAUCUACAGCGGAAUUUUUAUGAUGAUGUCAGGCCCAAAAAUGCAUACGAUACGAUGGAGACAUUCACAAAGUCAUCAAGGUCAACACCAAGUAGAGAUUCACCUCUUCGUGGCUUUCAGGAACCUUUACUACAGUCUCGUUUUCAAGCAACUCCUGGACCGAUCACAAAAAUCAGAGAAAAAACUGAACGUAGUAUGCCAAUGCAUGUCGCUGGACGUUUUACUCCUAAUUCACGCAGCACAGCACUUGAGAUAUCUAAACCUAGUCGAAGGCUAAGUGAUAUGAAUGGACAAGAUUCAAAAGCUAGACGACCGAGCGCUUCUGGAAGUGUCUCACGUUCAGGAUCCCAUGGUGAUAUGUUGGAUUUAUCGCGACCGGUAAGCCGAAGUUCAGAUGUUUCGUUAGAUGACCGACCUACCCGUAUACCUUCCUUGCGUGGUCGAAAAGGUAGUAAUUAUAGAGCUGCACGAUCAAGCCCCCAACCUCGUACAUAG